UCGAGAUGCGUCUACAAAUUACGUUUCUCGCGCUAACUCUGGCGGCUUUUGCGGCCAGCUUCGACAUACGGGAUCCGGAUCAGAAAGAUUGGUACCAGUAUGCAACCUUCUAUCAGAUUUAUCCACGGUCCUUCCUGGAUAGCGAUGGCGACGGCAUUGGCGAUCUCCCGGGAAUAGCUUCCAAGAUGAAAUAUUUAGCCGACAUUGGAAUCGAUGCCACCUGGUUGAGUCCACCGUUCAAAUCGCCACUGAGAGAUUUCGGAUACGACGUGUCCGAUUUCUACGACAUCCAACCAGAGUACGGAACGUUGGAGGAUUUCGAUAAUUUGGUACAGGAAGCUCAUGACAAUGGAAUAAAAUUGAUGUUGGAUUUUAUUCCAAACCAUUCGAGUGAUGAGCACGAGUGGUUUAUUAGAUCAGCGGAAAAUAAUGAAACCUACAAGGAUUUCUACGUUUGGUUACCGGGAAAAAACAACUCAGAGACAAAUCAACUCGAGCCUCCCAACAAUUGGAUAUCUGUUUUUGGUGGACCAGCGUGGACCUACCACGAAGGUCGCCAAGAAUACUAUCUGCAUCAGUUCACGGAUAAGCAACCGGAUUUGAACUACCGCAAUCCGGCAGUUCUGGAAGAAAUGACAAAGAUGUUGUUUUUCUGGUUGGACCGUGGAGUUGACGGAUUUCGCCUAGAUGCUAUCAAUCACAUGUUUGAGGAUCCUGAGUUCCGGGACGAGUACUUAUCGGGAUCGGGAGAACCCGGAACGUACGAGUAUCUUGAUCACAUCUACACCAAAGAUAUCGAAGACGUUUAUGGGGUUGUGUAUGACUGGCGCGAUUUGAUGGAUACUUAUUCGAAGGAAAAUGGUCGAACGAUUAUCUUGAUGACAGAGGCGUACUCGAGCAUCGAGGGUACUAUGCUGUAUUACGAAAGUGCGAACCGUACUAGGAAAGGAGCACAUAUGCCAUUUAACUUCCAACUGAUCUAUGAUUUUAAAAAAGAUCAAAAUGCAGUCGGAUUGAAGCAGUCAAUCGAUUGGUGGAUGAAUCACAUGCCGGCAAGACAUACGCCAAGUUGGGUCAGCGGCUCACAUGAUCACUCCCGGUUCGCUUCCAGGGUUGGUGAGAAUCGAGUGGAUCAAAUAAUGACGCUAAUGCAUACUUUACCAGGAACCAGCAUCACAUACUAUGGCGAGGAAAUCGGAAUGGUAGACUACAGCGAAGCAGAGGUUUACGACAAUCGCGACCCAAAUCGUACUCCAAUGCAGUGGGAUGCAACAACCAGUGCCGGCUUCAGUACCAACUCAACCACGUGGCUGAAGGUUCAUCCAGAUUACGAAACUCGGAAUGUUGAUCUUCAACAGAAGGCAGAGCAAAGCAACUAUCAUCAUUUCCAUGCUAUGACCAGUUUGCGGCGACAUGACACCUUGAAAUAUGGCGACUUCUUGCAUCGUACUGUCGGAGUCAACGUUUAUGCAUUGCUGAGAGAACUUCGUGGAGCGGACUCUUUCCUGACUGUGCUCAAUAUGGCGGACGAGGAGUACGAAGCGGAUCUGGGAGAUUUCGUUAAUCUUCCUGAGAAAUUGACCGUGGAAAUAGCACAGCCUAAUUCUGUACUGAAAGUUGGAAAUGUUGUGGAAAUCAACAAAGUCACACUGGGGCCCUACGAUUCCAUUGUGCUCAAAGCCGUUUCUUCCGCAACUGUUGGUCAACUUUCAUUUGCUGCUAUAAUUGGCCUUAUCGUGAAGUACUUGUUAGCAUAGGGACAGAUUUCAGUCGAACCAUAAUUUAUGAUUCGACUUAUAUAUGCCCAUACCUGUCAGCUGAUUAGAAGAAAUAAAUUGCGUA